AUGCACGUCGCGUAUUUUCGGCUUCAAAACAACCCCUCUAAGCUAGAGAUAGCUGUAGCAUGGACAGUUCUGCUCAAAGACUAUGUCGGCUCGUCAAGUGUCUCAUUCCUUGCCACCGGCUACACAUCUCUGGACAAUCCGAAUUUCAUCAGUCUACACAUAGACGAGCAGGAAAGGAUUGACCAGCUGUCCAAAAGUCUACAGGCACAGCUUUCACAACCAUCUCUUUCUACAACAAUCGAUGAACUGCCAGCGUUUCAGACACAUUUACAUAUCGACAACAAACACUCCGAACAAACCAAAAGUCAUAGACACUUGAAAGAGACAGACCACUCAAAUGGCGAUAAUAUUACCCGACUGUCAAAUUCAAAAAUCGAUUUGACAGUAAAAUGUACAAUUCUAGACCAUGAACAAGAAGUCAAGGUCGUUGCAAUACCGCAUACCACCCUCAGCAGCAGCGCUCAGGCGCUACGUAUUCUACACCAAUUCGAGCACGUACUUCGUCAAGUCAAUAACUUAACCGAGCAAUCCGGACACCUGGUGUAUAAAAUAGAUACCGCAAGCGAAUGGGACAUCAAUAGUGUAUGGAAAUGGAACUCUACCGUCCCGACCCCAGAAUCAAGAACGGCGCUCGAUGUAUUUGCCGAACACGUUGCACACCGUCCGAAUUCCCUAGCAGUAAAUGCAUGGGAUGGCGAUUUCACGUAUGCAGAGCUAGAUAGCCUGUCCACUGAAUUCAGUUUGCGCCUGGCAAAUGAGGUUAGUUUAGGACCUGGCAACAUCGUACCAUUGUGCUUUGAAAAGUCCAAAUGGACACCAGUUGCAAUGUUAUCUGUGAUAAAAACCGGAGCGGCGUUCACCUUGAUUGAUGAAAAUCUUCCGAACGACAGAUUGCGCCAAAUUGCAAAGCUUGUUAAGCAAGAAACGAUAUUGGCACUUUCAUCAGGCUCGCAGAAACAUCGCGCGCAGCUCAUGGCAUCCCGGGUUAUUAUUGUAGAUUCUAACUUCCUGGAAACUACAUACCCGCCAUCGACAAAAACGCGAGCUCAAAUUCAUGUCACACCCGAUUCUCUGCUAUACAUUGUGUUCACUUCAGGGUCAACGGGGGUACCGAAGGCGAUCAUGCUAUCACACAACAACAUGUGCACGUUUGUGACAUUGAGCGGAGCCUUGAGCGACUUGACACCACGGUCAAGAAUUCUUGCACUCUCUUCAUACGCAUAUGAUGUGUCUCUGGGUGACGCAUUCAUCAGCCUACUGACCGGAGCUUGCUUAUGUAUUCCUUCAUCCUGGGAAUGUAAAAAUAAUGUCGACCAAGUGGUCGAAAACUACAAAGUGACGCGCCUAAUGACUACACCUUCCAUAUCUAAGACGCUUCGCCCAUCGGAUUCGCCGAGCUUAGAAGUUCUAGUACUGUGCGGCGAACCGUGCAGCGAGGAUGCACUCGCCAGGUGGCGGGGAUCUCACACGCGGAUCAUAAAUUCAUACGGCCCAGCCGAGUGUACUGUAGAGACGGUUGCAAAUUACAACGUCCUAAUGUCGAAGAAGCCCAAUGUGAUCGGAAAAGGACUAGGCGCCUGUUGGAUAGUCGAUCCGGUUGACCAUGGCCGGCUGGCACCGGUUGGGGGGGUAGGCGAACUCGUUUUGGAAGGACCCUUGGUCGGAUUAGGUUAUCUUCACGACGGAGAGACUACAAGGAAGAAAUUUCUUGAUCACGCACCGUGGCUGGAAAAUGGGCUUCCUGGGCUGGCGAACGAGCGUAAAGCGCGAUUGUACCGCUCCGGCGACCUUGUUCGAUACACAGAUGACGGAGAUAUUGAAUACAUUGGCCGUGGCGACCUGCAAGUUAAGAUCCGGGGCCAGAGAGUUGAGCUGGGAGAAGUUUCGGCGCAUCUACAAGAGUUCAUUCCGCCAUCUAUCCAGUGGUGUCCGGAGGUUGUGAAACUGGAGAGUGGAGCAGAGCUUCUCGUUGUAUUCCUUGUAGUCAAUACUACGGAUGAGCCAAAGGACCAAAUCUCGAAAAGACUGAGAACACUAGUUGAUCGCGUCAACACAGAACUACAAACAAGAUUACCUCCCUCCAUGGUGCCUAGUGCAUAUGCAGAAAUCGACUCUGUCCCACUCUCUCUGUCGGGCAAGGUUGAUCAUAGAAGACUCAAGCAGCUGGGACUAUCCUUGCCAACAAGUCAAUGGAUAGUAUGGCAAAACAAGCCGGUUGCUGAACCAAGUACCAAUGGAAGCUCCUAUUCCCCCAUCAACGAUAAAAAGCUCUCCAAUGAAAACGGUCCUGUCAAUGGAAGUACUCGGGGUUCUAGAGAAAUUACCAUUCCGCAAAAUGGAAAUGGAGUGAACAGCCAAGAGCAGCACAACAAGCUGGAGACGCUGAAGCGUGUCUGGAGCGAUAUCCUCCACGUCGACAUAAAGUCGAUCCAUGACUCAGAUACCUUCUUUUCUCACGGCGGUGAAUCUUUAACUGCUAUCAAAUUUGUCAGUGCUGCUUCUAAAGUUGGCAUUCAGCUUGAUGUCGCCACGAUAUUUGGGUAUCCACAGCUUUCUGCUCUAUCAAUCAAAGCAAAAUGGUCUUACGUAUCAUUUCUUGAACCGCUUGUAAGAUUCUCACUGUUGAAUUCAAAAGAUGGUCUCACAGAAAUAAGUUCUCUGUAUGGAAUUGAAAUCGAUGACAUAGAAGACGCCUAUCCGUGCACGCCACUACAAGAAGGUUUGAUAUCAGCGGAGAGCUUGAAUUCGACAAAUUAUGUCGGCCGCGGAACAUUUGCACUACCGAAGGACAUCGACAUUGAACGGUUUGCACAAGCGUGGCAGCGUGUAACAGCUGUUCAUUCUAUUUUAAGAACCAGAAUCGUUGAUACAGAAUCCAAUGGUCUGCUACAAGUGGUUUUGCGUGACGGACCUGUGUUUGGGGGCAUCCAAACACAACCGCUGGCGAGUUAUCUCAAAGAAGACAGUCAAAAUAAGUUGGGACUAGGCACGGAGCUCUGUCGCUGGGGUAUUGUGCGUCAUCUCGGCUUAAGCUACCUCGUCCUGACUAUGCAUCACGCAAUUUACGAUGGCUGGACUCUCCCACGGCUAGGUCAAGAAGUUUUCCGGGCAUAUAAUGGAGUCCGAAUUCAACCCAGCGUAGGAUUCAAUAUCUUUGUCAAACAUGUCAUGUCGAUUUCCUACAAACAAGCAGAAGAGUUCUGGACACGUCAACUAGCAGACCCAGAAAGGACAGCAGCAUUCCCACCACUACGGAAUGGAGUUCGCGAGCCUAGAGCUGACUCUGUGGUAUCAAAAAGCGUCCAUGUUCCCUCAAACGCGAAUCAAGACACAUCAAUACCUUCCUUACUCAGAGCUGCAUGGGCUUUGCUGGUAUCUAAAUUAUCCGGAAACGAUGAUGUUAUUUUUGGAGCAACAGUGUCUGGUCGCAACGUGGCGAUCCAUGGUAUUGAGGAUCUUCUUAGCCCUACCAUAUCGACAAUUCCGGUACGAGUGAGAAUUGACAGCAACGACAGCGUGAGUACUUUCGUUAGAGCUGUGCAGAACCAAGCAUUGGAAGCUAUGCCUUUCGAGAACCUGGGCCUGCACAACAUCAGAAGAUUCAACGCAACCACGCGGGACGGGAGCAAAUUCCAGACACUUUUUAUUGUUGACCCCCCGGGAGAAUGUAGUAUUGAUAUAUCAAAGUCAUUAAGUCCAUCAGAUCAGGAGCUAAAGGAAACGUUGGAACAACUGGAUGACACAUUAAGUGCUGCGCUGUCAAACUUCAACGAAUACAGUUUGAUGAUUAUCAUCAUGCAGAAAAAUGAACAACUCCAGAUCAAAGCCAGCUAUGACUCCCGAAUUUUGAACCACGCCGAUGCUAAUCUAUUGCUGGAUCAAUUUGUGAAUGUAGCAGAGCAACUUGGUUGCAGCAACAAUGUGAAGCGCAGCUUGAGAGAUUUAAAGUUAGCUGGCAUAAGCGACAUUGAAAAGAUCUGGCAGUGGAACGAGUAUAUUUCUCCUGGAGUAAAGGAGAGCGUACACCAUAUAAUAGGUCAAACUAUUAGCCUUCACCCAGAGGCGCAAGCCAUCGCAGCCUGGGACGGAAGUGCAAGUUUCAGUGAGCUGGAUAAGCUGUCCUCAAAUCUCUGCUAUUCCUUGCAGAGCAAAGGCAUUGGUCGUGGUAGCUUGGUUCCCAUUUGCAUGGAAAAGUCCAUGUGGGCAACAGUCGCAAUGCUCGCCAUCUUGAAAACAGGGGCCGGCUUUGUUGCAAUGGACAUUAUCAGCCAGCCCAAGAAGCGCCUCAAGAUUAUUGUUGACCAGAUAAACGCUACAUGCAUUGUAACCACCAGCCAGACCACAGACCUGGCACGGCAGCUGUGUGAAGAAGUCAUUGUUUGCGACCACAAGUCACAGUAUCUCACAAUUGGCACCAAUGAUACAUUCAAACAAGAUGCCCAAUCUCAACCCUCUGACACUGCGUUUGUUGUGUUCACCUCUGGAAGCACCGGCGUUCCCAAAGGUAUCAUUAUUACACACGAGAACUUUUCCACAACCAUUGCACAUCAUGCACGGGAAUUGAAGCUCACGAAGGAUUCGAGAAUAUUCGACUUUGCCUCUUACAGUUUUGAUAUUGCUGUCCACAAUGCACUGAUGGCCCUAAGUGUGGGAGGAUGCCUUUGUAUACCGAGUGAGGAAGAUCGAAAAAACGAUAUUGAAGGCUCGUUUAAGCGACUAAAAGCCAAUUGGGCCGAUAUCACCCCAUCUGUGGCACGUCUGAUUGAUCCGUCUGCUAUUCCUGGCCUGGAAACCCUUGUUCUAAGUGGGGAGGCGGUCAGCAAAGAUAUCGUACAAACAUGGGGCAAGAAAGUCCACCUAAUAAAUGCCUACGGUCCAGCUGAAUGUCAGAUUUGCACGGUCAAUGGAACUAUUGCUGGUGUCGAUAAUGCAGCAGACAUUGGCCUUGGGGUGGCCUGCGCAACCUGGAUCGUGGAUCUUGGAACUGACAAUUUGACACCUAUUGGCGCCAUAGGAGAACUCGUUAUUGAAGGUCCCAUUGUCAGCCCAGGAUACCUGAAUGACUCGAAUCAUAGUUUUAUUCGUGAUCCAUCGUGGUUGACCGAGGGCUCUACUUCAGUACCUGGUAGAAAGGGCCAUCUCUAUCGAACCGGAGAUUUGGCCCGCUAUCGACCUAAUGGGACGAUAGUGUACAUGGGCAGAGCUUCAACGCAAGCCAAGUUACAUGGUCAGCGCAUCGAACUGAGUGAGGUUGAGUUCUAUGUUAAAAAGGCGGACACUUCGCUAAAGGAAGUUAUCGCUGAUGUUGUCGACGUUGGCGGAACAAAUAUUCUGACUGCAUUCGUCGUUGCUUCAAACGAUGGUCAUGUAAUGUCUCUAGAAAAGGAUGUCACCUUGACAGUUGGGCCCAUUCCUCCUCCUCUAGGGCUGAAUCGAGCCCUGAAAAGUGACCUUCCUAGCUAUAUGAUCCCUGGGCUGUUUUUGCAAAUCUCCCAUAUUCCUCUAUCGACAACACGUAAGGUUGAUCGUAACCUUUUGAAAGAGCGUGCUUCUAGUAUCUCGUGGGAACAGAUUCGCGAACUCACACGACACGAAGCGGAUGCUGGAGAAACGACACUUACUCCGCGACAGCUGGAUCUAGCACAGAUUUGGUCAAGCGUACUAAAGACUGAUAUAGCCAAAAUCACAGCCCAUAGUGAUUUUUUCCAGCUUGGUGGCGAUUCUAUCUCCGCAAUGCGCCUGGUGAAGUACUCUCAAAAAAUGGGAUUGUCGUUCACCGUUGCAGACGUGUUCCGACACUCACAACUCCAAGAACUGACCAGCCUGGUCACAGAAGUUGUGGAAAAAGAGAGUAUUGCAAACAUAAUCCAGCCAUUCUCGCUCGUUUCAGGUAAAUCAGUAGAUUCCUUGGUUUCGACAGCAGCCACCGUCUGUAAUGUUUCUCGCGAUGCAAUCAUGGACGUGUAUCCCUGUACUGCUUUUCAGGAGGCAGUCUUUGCACUGACAGCAAGUAACUCGUCCGCCUACGUGCAGCAUACGCUGUUGAGAUUCGGUAAUGAUCUAAAUAUCGAGCGUGUGCUAGGAGCUUGGUAUGCUGUUAUUGGCGCAACUAGCAUCUUACGAACCAGACUUGUCCAGUCUGAGGAUGCACAGCUCUUCCAAGUUGUUGUUCGGCAAAAAGAUCAGCUAUGGAAUUGGUACAGUAGUACAGAGGAGUAUAUCCGUGAGACAGCAAAAGUUCCCAUGGAGCUAGGCAAUGAGCUCUCUCGCUUUGGAGUCGUUCGCGAUAAUUCAACAACGCCGCCUUCCUAUAUUCUCAUAUGGACAAUGCACCAUGCUGUUUACGAUGCCUGGACUAUGGACAUCAUCCUUCGCCAAGUUUCCGAAUAUUACCAGUCCCAAAGCCUCUACACAAUUACCCCGAGUUACAAUAUCUUUGUGGACUUUCUUCAGCGACAAGAGGGUACGAGUGCAAAGUGGUGGCGGAACUAUCUAUCUGGUGCCUCGAAUGCUUCGUUCUUCCCAAAAACACCUAUGUCCCUAGUCGGGAACUCAGUAAACAGCUUGACUCGCAAAGAAUUUGAUUUACCUCGGAUAAUACCUCCAGGGUAUUCACCAGCAGUCCUGCUGCGAGCUGCCUGGGCUAUCGUCAUGGCUCGACACACGAGCAGCGAGGCUGUCGUCUUUGGCGAAACACGUCUCGGUCGUAAUGUUCCUGUGAAGGAUAUGGAGAAAAUUCCUGGUCCGACUAUUGCAUCAGCUCCAAUCCUGCUUAAUGUGGACCGGGAGCAGGCCAUCAAAUCACUUUUGGACACAGUGCGAGAGGACGGCAUUCAAAUGCAAGAGUUUGAGCAUCUUGGUCUUCAAAAUAUAUCUCGUGUCAGUGACGAUGCUCGCGCGGCUUGUAAUUUCCAGACACUCCUCGUUUUCCUAGAAGCAGAGGACAGAGUUGACGGCGACUCGAUAUUCCGGGUAGACGACACGAUUGAUGAUAUUCGAAACUUCAACAAUAAUCAUCUUCUCAUAUACUUAAGUCUGACGAGGACAAGCCUGGUGACACAGGCUGUUUUCCGAGAACAUGCGGUUUCAAGAGGAUACGUAGAUUUGGUUCUCAACCAACUCCAUUCUACUUUCUCGGCUAUAUGUGACUUGCCGCUACACACACUGGUCAGAGAGCUUGAUGUGGCCAGUGAACAGGACUUGACGCAAAUCUGGGAAUGGAAUGCAACGCCGGCGCAAACUGUCGACGCAUUCAUCCAUGAACUGAUUGCCCAAAACGCACAAAAGCACCCAGACAAGCUAGCCGUAGUAGGUCAUGAUGGUCAAAUGACUUACAAAGAGCUCGACCAAUACUCGAACAACCUAGCUGCACAACUUAUUGCUAGGGGAGUUGGCAUAAAUACGUUUGUGCCGCUGUGUUUUGAAAAGUCUUUUCUCGUACCCGCUGCAAUACUAAAAUUAAUCACUGAGGCCUUGGGGGCGCAUUUGCUUCUUAGCAGCCCGUCACAGGUUGUUCUGGCGCAAAGACUGGGCAAAAAUGUUCUUGUUGUCAAUGAAAACACCUACCAAGACGACGGCGCACUCGAGACACAUCCUAUCAUCGAGGCCUCACCGCGGGAUACGGAUCGCUUAAUGUACGUUUGCUUCACUUCUGGAAGCACCGGCGUGCCCAAGGGAGUAAAGGUAACACAUAAAAACCUUGCCUCGGCCGCCGUGGCCCAGACCCGAGAACUUGACUUUGUUUGCGAGGACAGAGUUUAUGACUUCUCGUCUCACGCGUUCGACGCAAACAUAUGGCAUUUCUACCUUGGUUUAGUCGUGGGAGCCUGCGUAUGCAUUCCAUCCCUCGAAGAGCGCACUAGCAACCUGGCAGGCAGCAUCACAGCCUUCAAAAGCACCGCACUCUUUCUAACGCCCUCUGUGGCUCGUACGAUAGACCCAAAAGACGUCCCAACCGUCAAGAGAUUGUACUUGGGAGGAGAAGCAGUGACUCCUCUAGAUGUGUCCAUGUGGAAAGAUUCGCUGGAACUCUGGGGAGCUUACGGGCCCACAGAAACGACGCCAUUAUGCAUAUUCACCAGGCUCUUUGCUCCAGAAUCCGCAUCAAACAUUGGGAGAGGUAUCGGCGUGAGGUCAUGGGUUGUUAAUCCAAGCAACCACGACGAGUUGGUGGCCAUUGGAGCGGUUGGAGAGAUGGUGAAUGAAGGCCCUCUGGUCACAUCCGGUUAUCACAACCUACCCAAGAAGACUGCCCAGGUGUUUAUAGAAGAUCCAGAAUUCCUCCAACGUGGAUUCAAGAGGAGUAGGGGGCGCCGAGGCAGGCUCUACAAAACUGGAGAUCUAGUCAGGUACUGUUAUGAUGGCACAAUCCAGUACUUGGGACGGGCAGACACACAAGUGAAACUGAGGGGACAGCGAGUCGAGUUUGGUGAGAUAGAGUAUCAUCUCAAGCGAGCUUUACCACAUGUUUCAACUAUAUGCGAUGUUGUCGUUCACCCCUUUUCUGGUCGUCCUAUGCUCGUGGCGUUCUGUGCUUUGUCCGCAGCUGACUCCUUGGAUAAACACUCGACCAGAGUAUAUCUCAGCAAGCGGCUUCCACCGUAUAUGGUGCCCGAAUUCUUCUUUCGCAUUGAAGAUAUCCCCAGGAACAAGUCCGGCAAAGUUGAUCGUCUUAAUUUGAGAGAAUUAGGACCUAAGCUUCUGCUUGCAUCCACAGAGCAAGACAACGAGGGCGGCGUAGAGUAUUUGCACGGGCCUCUUACAGAAAACGAAACUAUACUGGGUGCAUUGUGGGCUACGUCUCUUGGCCAAAAAGAUAUCUUGCUUUCACCCGAUACUGAUUUCGUUGACGUGGGCGGCGACUCAAUCGCGGCAAUGAAACUGUCAAAUCUGUCGCGAAAACAGGACAUUGGCUUGACUAUUGCUGAUAUAAUAAAGCAUUCGAAACUAUCAGCGAUGGCACUCAGUAUUAGCUCUCUGCAAACGUCGUCGAAUUCACCAGCCCCGUUCUCCAUGAUUAAUUCAUCGAACCGCGAGAAAAUUUUGGCCAAUACCGCUGCAACCUGUGGCGUCUCCGUGGAGGACAUUGAAGAUAUUUACCCAUCGACACCAUUGCAAAUAGAACUUGUUGCCUUGACGCUGAAACAACCUCAGGCUUACAUGAAACGGUCUGUGUAUGAGGUCCCAGCAAAAGUCGACGUUGAAAAGCUCGUACAAGCGUGGGAGGUAGUCAUAAAAAUCAAUGCAAUUCUGCGCACGCGCUUUGUCGAGGUUGAAAAUAUUGGUCUAGUUCAAGUCGUCGUCAAGGGACAUACAUGGAACAAGCAUGACAGUUUACAGUCGUAUAUUGAUUCGUCCAUUGCCUCGAACAGAGACUUGGGAAGUCCGCUGUGUCAGCUAGCAAUCAUUCGUGAUACAGACUCUUCCAAAAUCGCGUGGACAAUACACCAUGCUCUUUACGACGAGUGGUCAACUUUGAUCAUCGAUGAACAGCUCCGUCGGGCGUAUCAGGAGCGCACAAUCCAGAGGCCUCCUAGUUUCAACGCAGUUGUUGCUUAUAUCACUUCACAGGAUCGCGGAAAAGGACAAGAAUUCUGGAAAACUCGUCUUUCUGGAUGCAGUUCUGUCAACGUCUACCCACAAUUGCCAUCAGCACAUUAUCAGGUGCAACCAUCACAGGUAUUCAAUUGCACAAUUCGUCCAGACAGUGGCUCUGUCAGGAACCUGCAGGCCAAAGUGCACGCUGCGUGGGCACUGGUUGUUUCCAAAAUUUCUGGGUCUAACGAUGUUGUUUUUGCUGCGACGCUUGCUGGACGCAAUAUUCCAGUUGAGGGAGUCGAACAAGUGGUUGGCCCAACAAUCACUCCAGUGCCAAUUCGGAUACAGCUGCAAAACGAGAACCAGAAAACUCUCGAGCUCUUAGAUGGGGUUGAAAAAGACACAGCGGAUAUGUCACCCUAUCAACAUAUGGGUAUCAAGAACAUCGAGCAAAUCAAUGAAGACACACGGGCUGCGUGUAAAGUCCAGACCCUCAUUGUCAUCACACCCAGCUCAAAAUCGAGCAGUGAAGAUGCCAAUGCAAUCAAAACCUCGACAUAUGACGUCGAAAGCAAAGAAGGGGGGGCCUUCCACACAUUCGCCUUGGUCUUAUUCGUGUACCCUUCGAAAACCCAUCUCGACUUGCAGGUUGUUUAUGACCCGGCCAUCUUCAACCGUCGAGAAAUCGAGCGUCUUACUGGCCGAUUGGAGAGUGUGAUUUACUCAUUUAAUAAGAACGUACUUGUUUCCGAAAUCGAUGGCCUAGGAAGGGAAGAUCUCGAGGAUAUAUUGAAAUGGAACUCCAAUGUUCCGCCAUCAAGUAGUCGGCUUCUCCAUGAAGUAAUUCUGGGAAGCGCAAUCGACAAUGCCAAGAAACUAGCUAUUGAUGCGUGGGACUCCAAAUUGUCAUACUCGCAACUGGGCAAAAUGUCAGGCGCUCUCUCAAUGCAUCUUCACAACCAUGGGGUAGGCCGAGGCUCGGUCAUUCCUAUUCUCUCGCCCAAAUCCGGCUAUGUUCCUGUAGCAGCGUUGGCUGUUCUAAAAACAGGCGCAGCGUUCUUGCCCCUGGAUUCAAAACAACCACUAAAUCGACUGGUUGCGGUCAUAGAUCAAGUCAAGCCAAAAGUCAUUCUUGCUGCUGGGUCGGUGCGAGAACUUGCUACCAGUCUUGCUGGGGACAUUGUUCUGAUUGAAGCAUGUCUCGAGCCUAUUUCUGGUAAAGCUGAGCAAUUCCGACACUCUGACAUAGCUAAUAUCGACGACAAUGCCUGUAUUCUCUUUACAUCUGGCACCACUGGAACGCCGAAGGGCGUCAUGCAAACACACCGAGCACUCUCAUCGGCCGUCCAAUACCAAACGGCAGAGUCUGGAUUCACCGAAAAGACAAGAGCAUUUGAGUUUGCUUCAUACAGCUUUGAUGUCAGCUGGAACAUGAUAUUCAAAGUCCUUACCGUCGGGGGUACGCUCGUCGUUCCAAGCGAGGAGGAACGACACAACGAUCUUUCCGGGGCAUUAAUCAGAUCCGCUGCUACUCUCACUGAACUCACAGCAUCGGUUGCUCGGUUGCUUGAUCCGGGCCAGCUUCCCGAUCUUGAAACACUCAUUCUGUCCGGUGAGCCGGUGGACUUGCGUGAGUUUGAGGAAUGGAAGCCUAGGGCACGUGUGGUUGUCUGCUAUGGGCCGUCAGAAUGUACGUCUGUUGCAACCAUGAACCCUGGUAUAGGCGCUAGCUCUGCCGAUGCUGGCAUUGGAAAGGGAGCUGCAUGUGUAGUGUGGAUCGUCGAUCCACAAAACUAUCGCCGACUGAUGCCAGUUGGAGCAGUGGGUGAGAUAUUGAUUGAAGGUCCGAUUGUGGGCAAGGGCUACUACGGUAAUGAAACUUUGACCAGCAGAUCAUAUCUGUCACUUGAGCUUCCAAAGCUUCAACCUGCAAGUGAGAAAAUACAGGUUAUAGGCCCCAGAAAAGGGUUUCUUUCUGGAGACCUGGCACGAUACGACGAAGAUGGAAAUAUUCAUUUCGUUUCUCGCAAGGAUCUCCAGGUCAAACUACACGGUCAGCGUAUCGAGCUUGAAGAAGUCCAGUAUCAUGUCAGCAAGCUUCUAGUAGGCCAUGUUGGACCAGUCGUUUGCUGUAUUCUGGGCCAGUCAGGCUCUGGCGAGGACCAACGACUGGCGGCAUUUCUCGUCAAUGACAAGAGAGACACAAAGGGCAUUUGUCAAUUUUUGAGCCCUAAACAAACAACCGUCAAUGCACUGGAAGGGCUGGACGAAAGAAUUGGAGCUGUUCUUCCCAAAUACAUGGUCCCCUCCGUAUACUAUUUCAUCACGACGCUUCCGCGCACGCACAACGGCAAAAUUGACAGGAAACGGCUCAUGGAACUAGCCGAUACAGCUGAAGCAGAGCAUGUAUAUAGAGGCCGUACAACCCGGAAAACUAUCCGUCGAAAUCCAUCUACUCCAAACGAAAAGGCUAUGCAAGAACUAUGGGCAGCAGUUUUGGGAACCUCGGCGGAACACAUUGGAGCAGAUGAUAGUUUCUUCGAUCUCAACGGUGACUCAAUCUCGGCCAUGAAGCUGGUCGCUAGUGCUCGAAAGCUGGGCUUCGAUCUGCGCGUGGCAGAUAUUUUUGCAACGCCUAAAUUGUCUGAUUUGGCUGUGAAUUUCGAAAAGAGAGACAAAAAGUGGACAUCUGGGUCGUUCAGCAUGCAGCCGUUCCAGCUGCUUGGGGGCUCACCAGAUAUUGAAUCCAUUCGCUCAGAGGUUGCUGUCAAGUGCGGUAUUGACGCUCAUGAGAAAAUUGAGGACGUAUACCCAUGCACGCCUCUACAGGAAAGUAUGCUGGCUGCUACUAUCAGAUAUCCAGGCUCUUUCACCAGUAUGAGGCUAUACCGAGUUCCUAAUAAUGUCGACGAAAGCAGACUCCGUGCUGCUUGGACAAGAGUGGCACACGUACACCGCAUUCUACGGACUCGACUAGUUGAUCUUCACAAUUACGGUGUCAGUCAGGUGAUCAUAAAUGAGGACUCCAUUGCGUGGGACUCAUACGACAGCAUGCAUGCAUUCCUCCAGCAAGCUGAUAAGAUUCACAUGGGCCCGGCAACAAGGCUUACUAGGUGGGCGUUUAUCUAUGGACCUGAUAAAGAACGUUAUCUCGUUUGGACCAUCCACCACGCUACCUACGAUGGCUGGACUCUUCAGCUUAUUGAAGAUGACGUCCGCAAGGCAUACUCUGGUCAACGAUUGGAUAUUGACCCUGUAGAUAUACGACCGUUGGUAAACUACAUCUUGACACAAAGAAAGGAGGACUCCAAAGCCUUUUGGGCUCGCCAACUUGCAGGCGCUGAAGACAGCGUCGUCUUCCCAUCCCUCCCAUCGCAUAACUACGACCCAAAACCGGCAACAUACCUAGAGAAAACAAUAGCUGCAGAUGUUAGCGCGACCUCCGGAAAUACUGGCCUGUCGGGAUUGCUUUACGGCAGCUGGGCUGCUAUAGUAUCCCAUAUUACCGGCAAUCAAACAGUAUCGUUGGGAACGAUCCUCACGGGUCGCAACGCUCCAAUUGACGGGAUAGACAAAGUUAUCGGACCAGCUGUGACUACCGUACCUAUUCUAAUCGAUGUAAACAUGAAGCUAAAGGUGCGUGAAUUUGUGGCAAGAAUUCAGGACAUGACAGCUUGCUGGAUUCCGCACGAACAUCUCGGCAUCCAGGCUAUACGGUCCAUUGAUGAGACAUGUCGGGCAGCCUGCAGUUUCCAGACUGUGCUGGUAAUUCAACCGCCUAGGAGAAGCCAGAACGUCGAGAAUGGUGGUAAGAGGGAUCAUAUAAUGGAGGACGUUGAUGAGACGGAAGUUGAAGGCUUUCCUAACCAGCACUCAGUAUUGAAUCAGUACGGCUUGAUGAUGGAGGUUGUGCCAAUUGACAACACUAUCACUGUUCGUGCCAGUUUUGAUUCCACGCUCAUUUCAAGCACCCAAGUGGAUCGUCUGAUCAAUCUAUGGGAGUACAUGAUACAACAGAUCUCUAGCAUUCUUCAAACCGGGCUCCUUGAUACUGUGGCCUCGUUGAACUACACUUCUGCGCAAGAUCUGAGUGAUAUUUGGGCAUGGAACAAGAACGCCCCUCAGCCCAUUGGGCCAGACCGCUUCGUUUGUCAAGCUAUACAAAGCAUUGCUCACCAACAACCAGACGCGCUAGCACUCGACGCAUGGGACGGUAGCAUGACAUACAAAAGAUUGGACGUAUUAUCAUCACGUCUUGCCCAUCGUCUAAUCUCGUCUGGAGUAAGUCGUGGCCACUUUGUGCCUUUGCUGUUCCGCAAAUCACUCUGGGCCAACGUGGCAAUGCUCGCUGUUCUCAAGGCAGGCGGUGCAUUCGUUCCACUUGACGCAGAUCAUCCCGAAGGCCAUCUGAGAGCAAUCAUGCAGCCUCUGAGCGCCAAUAUUAUUCUGUGUGCUGCAAAAACGAGAGAUCGCGCUGCACGACUGGCCCGCAAUGCUAUCAUCGUCGAUACGGCUCUGGAUGGCAGCCAAGAUGCAUCCAAGAACAUUGACCAGGCCCCAGAUAUCGCACCACCGACGGCACACGACAUAGCAUAUGCAGUCUUUACAUCUGGCAGCACUGGUGCCGCGAAAGGCGUACGGAUCAGCCACGAGAACCUGGCUACCGCUAUACACUACCAGGCUGGUGCUGAAGGAUAUCAGUUAAACAGGCAUACACGGUCACUCGAUAGUUCAUCAUACUCGUUUGAUGCCUGUGUCUGUAACUUCUUCUACACCGUAACCCAAGGCGGGUGUCUGUGUGUCCCCAGUGACGAGACUCUCAAGGGCGACAUUGGAUCCUUCAUCAACACUUCCCAUGUCAAUUGGGCGCAACUAGUGCCGUCUGUUGCGCGCACACUCGAUCCAGAGCAUUUACCAAACCUAAAGGCCCUCGUGCUAACCGGUGAAGCACUUGGAAAAUCCGACAUUGAAAUGUGGGCGCAUCGAGUCCGCCUCGUGAACGCCUACGGACCAACGGAAUGCACCAUUCUGUGCGCCAUCUCGUCGCAGAUAUCUGACCACUCACAGCUGGGCUCGAUAGGGGGUGGGCGCGGAGCCAAUCUGUGGUUAACAGAAAUCGGGAAUCCGAAUAAACUGGCAACUGUCGGUGCGGUAGGCGAGAUUCUCAUUGAAGGUCCCAUCGUUGGAGCAGGGUAUCUUGGGCCGUACCAAUAUCCUCUCGUAGAGAAUCCAUCUUGGCUGGUGUCUGGCAGAGGGAAUAUCCCUGGCAGACUAGGAACCCUCUUUCGCACAGGUGACCAAGCACGGUAUGCAGAGGACGGUUCGAUUGUAUUUAUCGGCCGUAUAGGGUCGGAGAUUAAGCUGCGCGGUCAGAGAGUGGACUUGGCUGCCAUUGAAUACGUCGUUUCUUCUCAUAUCCCGCGAGGGUUGGAGUUUGCGGCGGAGAUUGUCCAGGUCAACCUGGGUGCUACAAAGGGACAUGAGCGGCAGAUGUUGGUCGUCUUUGUUGGUGGAUCUGUUCCACUAGAGGGACAAGAAAAGACGCUUGACAAAAGCCUACAGAGACUGGUCCCGGAGCUUAAAUCUCGGCUUGAUGCUCAACUGCCUGUCUAUCUCCAGCCCGAAGCCUUCGUUGCUUUCCCAGAAAUACCAAAGACAAGCUCCGGUAAGACAGAUCGCCGUCGCCUGAAGGAAUUGGGGACACAAAUUCGACUAUCACAGUUGACAUGGAUUCGCGGUGACAUCGAAAAACCAAUACACACGCCUCCAUCGUCUACGAUAGAGUCUCUUCUUGCUACUCUUUGGGGCGAGGUUCUGGGGAUAGACUCAACGACUAUUUCCCGCGAAGACGAUUUCUUCCAGCUGGGCGGCGAUUCACUAGGUGUGAUGCGGUUGACAACGAAGGCUCAUGAACGUGGCUUGGGAUUGAAGACGAGCGAUGUGUUCACGAGUUCAAAACUUGCCCUGCUCGCUAAGAGGAUCAACCAACUAGAUGGAACUAACGUGGCAUACAAGCCGUACAGUCUUGCUAGAGAUAUACAAGACGUCCGUUCGUUCAUUCAAAAACACAUCGCGCCGGUAUUGAAGAUCGAUGCGAGCGAGGUUGAAGACAUUCUCCCCGCAAAUGGAUUCCAGGUCGAUUAUAUGCAUAGCCAAGAGGAGCCACUGGGUCUUCAGUACGCGUAUAUAGAUAUUGGGACGAAGACUUCAUGGACAAAGCUUAUCGCAGCAUGCAGAACUGUGGUGCAGACAUUCCAGAGUCUACGGGCUCGCUUCGUGAACCACCAAGGGAAGUACUAUCAAAUCAUCCUACGUGAUGCUCCUUUGGCUGUCGAGGAAGUCUCUACAACGGAGCAGAUAACGACCUUUUCCAAUCGUUUCUGUCCGGCAGAUGGCCAUCUGGCGCAUGUCAGUGAUAUCUUCACUAAAAUUACUCUUGUGCACACGGGCAGUGACCGACGACGUGUCAUUCUGCGGUUGUCACACAUGCAAAACGACGGCUGGUGUACGGUGCGUAUUUUACAAUCACUCGCCGCUGCAUUCAACGAUGGCAUCGUGGACGAGACACCGGACUGGACGAGUCUACUACAUUAUCGCGACCAGUCGGCACAAGCUUCCCAUCUUUACUGGCAGAGGAUCUUGAACAAAAGUUCAAACCUUACCUCUCCACUGGUAUACAAGCCAGGUGGUGAUCAAGUGCGCACUCUGCGCUCGUACGCUCUGCCAUAUUUCCAUGACGCAGAAGACAACAGACGCACGCGUCCCACUGUCGUGGUCAAUGUAGCAUGGGCACUGGUGUUGCAAAAGUUGGCCAAUGUGCAGGACGCGGUGUUUGGCAAUGUGACUACAGGUCGCAAUGGAUCGAUGCCGGGGCUUGAUUCGGUUGUUGGGCCAUGUGUAAACAUGCUACCCUUCAGGCUACAGCUCAAUACCGAUUCUCCAACUACAACCAGGCGGCAGCAGAUACUUGAUUUGGUCGAGGCAUCGGCGCAGCAGGUGGACGAACGCACAGCACACGAGGGGCUGGACUGGACAGACCUUGUGGACAAGUCUACAACAUGGUCGUCUGGCACUCGCUACACGUCAGCGGUGCACUUCCGCAACAUGGCAUUUGAGCCUGAGCUGCUUUUGGGGAAUGAAAAAGUGGUUGUUACAUGGUACGAGCUUGUUGCCAGGCCGCACUGGACCACGGUGCUGGUCUAUCCGGAAGAUAGUGUGCUACGUUUGUGGCUACUGGCUAAUCCGUCAGAGAUUGGUGAGGACGGGGCUGAUGAGAUUUUGCAAAUGCUUUCUACGUAUUGCGAGGAGAUUGUCAAGGAGCUUCGUAGUUGA